UGAGUACGACGUUCGAAUUUUCAUUUUAAAUUUUCUUACGUGGGUUUGUGCGGGAACUCUUGGAGAAUACAAUUUGGUAUUGUCAGUCAUUGUAGAUUGUAGGGUUGAUUUUAGAAUUAUAUAUUUAUUAACUAAUAUGUCUAUUCGAGCUUUGAAUUGUACGACAGUGAAGUUAGUGACAAGCACGCAGAUUAUAACCUCCGUAUCGAGCGUCGUCAAAGAACUCGUCGAAAAUUCAUUGGAUGCCGGUGCUAAGAAUAUCGAAAUUAAUCUGACUGACGAUGGUUUGUCAUUAAUUGAAAUUCGAGAUGACGGUUGUGGAAUUUCUGUCACCGAUGUGCUGAACAUGGCACUGCCUCACUGCACAUCAAAGAUAUUCGAUUUUGCGGAUUUAGAAUCGUUGACAACGUAUGGGUUUCGCGGCGAAGCUCUCAAUGCAAUAUGCAGGGUUGCAGCCGAAGUAAAGGUGACAACAAAAACGAUCCAAGAUGAAACUGCAAGGUCUUAUGUUUUGGACAACAAUGGAAGUAUUAUUAGCAGGGAGUUAUCUCCUCCCUUUGUCGGCACUACAAUACGAGUUAAAAAAUUGUUUGACCGUAUUCCGGUGAGGAGGCAAAUAAUUUCAAAUGUGAAGAAAUCAAAGCAAGAUGUAAAACACAUUGAAAAUAUUCUCAAAGGCCUCAGCUUGGCUAAACCAAUCGUCAGAAUGACUUACAGAGUAAAUAAUCACUUGGUAUUCUUAAAACCGUCAUGUGAUAAUAUAAAAGAGGCACUUGGACAUUUUCUCGGAGGUAAAGUGGUCGCCAAUUUGGAAUGGAUUACUCACGAGGACUCUGAGGUAAAGUUACAGUUAAUGAUACCCAAAAAAAAGGUAACAGACUUGCAACUUGUCUAUGAGCCUAACCAGCAAUAUGUGAUAAUAAACGAUCGUCCUGUUAAAUACAAGCAAUUUGAAAAGAUUAUCAGUGAGAGUGUAGCAGAUCAUUUUGGUGACAAAGCUCCGGCAAAAAAGCGGCCAGUAUUUCUCAUGAGUAUCACAAUUGCACCCAACGAAGUGGACGUUAAUUUAGAGCCCAAUAAAACAUCUGUAUUUCUUAAAAACCAGGAUAUUAUAUCAGAGAGGCUUGACACGGUUUUAGCAAAUUUUUAUAAUCUACGUGAUGAAAAUACUAGACCUGAGAUAUCCAAGAUGAAUACAUCGAUGUGUGGAACCCCAGAGUAUCACGAUAUUACGCAAAAUGUUAUUAGAGAGAUGGAAGUACCUGUAUGCAAGAAAUCCAAGUUAAACAAUAAUAAAGAAAAACCUCGCGAAUUUAUUGUCGAUCUAAAUACCGACUCUGAUGUGAAGAGGAAAGGAUCUGAUAAACUAUUCUCAAACGAUGGUCUGACAUCCGAUGUGAAUUCCAGUGUUAUCAUUGAUGAUAUUCAAGGUCAGAAAACCGCGCCUGCGGAUAGAGAUAGCAUUAGUAUAUUAUUGAAAACUUUCCCUGCUCCUAUUCUGAGCGAUUCUGACGAUGAAUCAAAUAUAGAGAAGGAUUUCCAUAGGCAUAAAGAACCGAGUAUAUUCAAAACUGGCCAUGCUGUAAGACCUACUGCAACUGAAAAACAGAACUCUAAGUUUGGCCAGGAAAUACCAGGGAAUAAACCAGAACCGAAUGCUAUAACAGCUCCUGAAGUUGAAAGUAAUAACAUGCAAAAGAAUACUGAAUUAAGUACUUGUACCGACUACUCCGAAACAUUGAGCCAAUUACCAAUUGUCGAUCUUGGUGAGGAUUUUGAUAUUGCUGCAGUACUAGAAAAACCGACCCAUUUGCCAGUGUCUGAGAAGGUUUCGAGCCCGUCAAAAUCUUCCAAAGACAACAAUCAGUCCGACAGCAGUUCGAGAAAUUCCGAUUUCUUGUUAAACCUUUGGAGUAGGGGACAAAUACCAGGACUAAGGAGCCCCACUCAUGUCUCCGUCUACGAAGUUCCAAAAAACACUGCCAAGUCCAAUAGUAGUGAAAAUCAAAGUAAAGAGCAACCGAGUUCCCAAACUAUAUAUCACAUUGGAUUUUCCAAGUUUUCCUAUGAAAUUAGAGCUCAAGUACUUGAAGAAAAUCCAGGUGCGACGUUGCCAAUGAUUGGAAAAAUUUUGGCUACUCGUUGGAAAGAGCUCUCGUCCGAGCAACGUGGAUAUUACAGAGGUUUGGCAUUGGAGGAAAAGAAGAAUGCGGAGGCAGAGAAGAAAAAAUUAAAGAACAUUAAGCUGACCCAACAAGAGGCAGACAAGAAUAAAGCAAGACUUGUGCAAAUGCUUGAAUCGAUGAAGAAAAAGAGCAAUAAGAAAUGCUCGCUGAGCGAAAGAACCACUGCUAUACAGGAAAUGAGUAUUCAAAGCAUAGCUAGGAGUUUCUACACCAAGCCAACGACGAAUUCCUUGGAUCAGAUAACAAUUAUUGGCCCAAUUACGGGGGAGAUUUGGGCUAUAAGAUCUGGCGCAAAGAUUUGCGUUUUAAACAGCGCAGAGAUAAUGAAAGAUUUAGAUCCCAAAGGAUGCGAAGAACCAGAGAUGAAUACUGAAAGAAUUGCAUCAACUUUGCAGACGUGGUUAAGAGAAAAAAAAACUAUUUUGCCAAACUUGCAUCCAAUCUAUAAUAUCGGAACAUCCACAGUUUGAUUUCGAAAAAAAGUCACUAAUUUCCUUACAAUUCUAUUUAUUUAGCGAAGAAAGGAAAAAAUCUUCUACUUUCUUUUAUUGCAUUCAGUAUACCUGCGUUUUAUUCAAUCGAAUUGAUCGCGUGAAAUUACUAUUUCAGACACGAUAAUAGAAAUCUUGAAUUUCACUCUGUCACACAAGUUAUUUAUCCUUAGUUAUGAAACAAUUGCAGAAAAGCUUCUCCCACUGUACCAUCAUAAGCGAUACACAACCAGCUACAUAUACUGUGCGAUAAUUGCUGUAUAGACUGAAUCAUAAUUACCAGAGCUAUAUAUGAAAAAUAGUUUUCGAACUGAAAAAAUUACCGCGGCACAAUAAAAAUAUACAUACGUCUUAACAGAA